AUGGGACAACAGGGACGUCAAGUACAGACGAAGAUCAAGUAUUUCGAUGAUCCGGGUGUGCCUUUGGUGCCCAUGAUAAUUGGAGGUCCGGAACCUGGCAAGCCUCAACCUAAAGUCGAAAUCCCGACAACUAUCACCGACAUCACUGGCAGAGAAAACGAGUUCACUCUCGACGUUCAAGGAUUCCACUAUGUCAAGCAUCAAAGUCAAAUAACCAAUUGGGAUGAUGAUGAGGAAAUCAAGCGGGUUAACUAUCCCGAGAUGGAGAAGUUAUGCUACAAGGUCCUGUCCGAGACCGAGAAUAUGCCCACGCCCUGUCUAGUUCAUAUCAUGACACACAUCAUCCGUCGCGGUCCUAAGGAUGGCGAGGGCCCGAAAGGUCCGGCGCCUUUGUACGGCGUCCACGUGGACCAGUCAUUCAAGGCAGCUGAAGGAGUCGCUGAAAGAUGGUUGAAGGAAAGAGCAGAAGAACUGCUCAAGAAACCACGGUACCAGAUUAUCAACAUGUGGCGACCCAUUCGUCCAAUUACUCGGGACCCAUUCGCGGUGUCGGAUGCCCGGACUAUACCAGACUCUGACCUGGUGUUUGUACCAGUGCGAUUUCCGGACCACGAUACUGAAGCCGUCGAAGUUCGCCCGCCGACUACCUCGCAGCACAAGUGGUAUUUCAAAGAUCAACAACAAGUCGAUGACGUGCUAUUCUUCAAGCAAGUGGACUCAUGCACCAAGCCUAGUGUUCCUAGAAGAGUGCCUCACUGUGCCUUUAAGGAUACUGACUUGCCAGAAGGCGCUGGUGAGCCGAGGGCGAGCAUUGAGGUCCGAGCAUUUGUUUUCUACGAUGAGGACUAA